AUGCAGCUUUCGCUAGCCCUCUUAAACGGACUCUUCAUCGUCCCGGCCGUCUUGGCCGCUCCUCACACCCGCACCAAGCGCGGUGAGAAGCCUGCCGGCAAGGUCGAUCCUGGAACCGCGUCGGACUGCACGUACUGGGAGGAGAAGACGGAUGCCUCUGUGAGAGAAGACGGAUGCUUCUGUGUCAGCUAUCACGACUUCAAGAUGGGGCAAGUCGUUGCUUUUUACAAUGCCGCGACGCGGCAUUGUAUCAUCAAAGACUCCUGGUCUUAA